AUGGAUGAUGCUACUCUUCAAGAAGAAUUAACUGGAGCUGUAUUUCAUCCUCUAGAUGACAAUCUUAUGAUAACGCACGGUAAAGGACAUUUAACUUUUUGGAAUCGAAGAAAAGAUGGAUUUUUUGAAAGGACGGAUAUUAUAAAGCCGUUAAAAACUGAAAGUUUUUCACAGUCCUCUAACGACUUACCAAGAAUGCCUGUAAAUGUGGUUGAACCGGCUGUUGCACCAUCAAUAUGUGCAAAAAGGUGUCUUAGAGGCAAUUCGUUCAUGUUCUAA